UGGGUAUUCAAGUGACAUCAUUCUAGCUGUCUUGUGAGUUUUGUUUCCUUCCAGCUUUUCAUAAACAAGUAAGGUACUACAAUAAUAAUACUGUACCAAGAAUCGGGGCGUCUUCCGCUGCUAGGCUGUUGCAGCCAGCAGGCAAAAGGAAUGAUGGCUGAGGCUGUCAGACCAAGAAAAACGAAAGUAAAGUCAGGAGGUAAAAUACAGGAAAAAAAGAAAUGUAAAGAAGACCUCAAGACAAAACAUGACAAAUCGUUUCUGGAUGCAAACCUCCUUCCUGUGGUACCCAGGGAACAUGGGGAGCCUAUGUCAGACUCCAGUAAGAAGGAACUGCAACCAAAAGAAGUCCUACCAUCAUUUGGACAGCAGAUACAGGAGCUUCAGGAAAUUAUAGAGACUCCCCUGAAUUAUCAGGAUGCAACUGAUCAUGUACACAAACUAUCUGAUUUGCAGUCAAUUUCGCAGUUAUUAGAAACUGAUCAUGAUAGCUGUGAAAAUACAGAGCAGUUAAAUGUUUUGACAUAUGAACAAAAUGCAGUAGGUGAUAACCAGUUUACAGAAAUUCCCUUGAGUGAUGAGUUUGAUAGUAAAUGCAUUGAAACGUCAAACGUGCCAUCAGACACUUUGCCAGUAUGUGUUGCGAGCAGUUUUGCUGAUGCAGAGCAGGCAUUGGAGCCUCAUCGUUUGAAAAAGAUUUUGCUGAGUGAUCAGGUUGCCAGUAAAGAUGUAAUUGAAGCGUGUGCUGUGCCAUUCACCUCUUCAUCACUAGUGGAGGAUGUAUGUAAUGGUGCUGAUACACAGCAGCCAAAGAUUGUAUGCAGUGACGCUAAACAGCUACACGAGAGCCACUGUCACAGUUCAGAUUCUCCUCACUUUGAGGAAUGUGCAGCAGAAAGCCAAAACCUAGAUAAUGAAAACGAAAACCUGGCUAAAACCGAAGCACUUUACAGCUCUGUAGAAACAGCUAAUUAUAAACAUUUACAUGAUGCUAGCAUUCUUAUGCAGCCUACAGCUCCAUCCUUUCACCAGAUGGCUAAUGUUGUGGAAGAUAAAGAGUUAGAAAUGAAAAGCAGUAUCAGGAGGCCUGCUGUCCUUUCUGUAGGAGAGCUGCCUCUUACUCAUUUUUCCAUUCACAGUGAAAGAGGGGAUAUCCAUGAGCAGCCAGUGUUAGCAAAGCCAUACAGUAUGUUGCAAGGAAUGGCUUCAGGAGAGAAAGAAUCCACUGGAGUGACAACAGCUGUGGCAUGUUCUGAACGACUUUAUCCAGAGAUUCCACCUGACCCAGAAAGUGUUCCAUUCACUAAGGAAGAAUUAAAAAUGUUUGAGCCGGGUUCUUGGUUAGAAAAUGUUGAAUCUUACACUGAGGAGUUUGAAAAUAUUGCUUAUCAAGACGGACAUGAAUUUAAAGAGCUACUCAUGAAUUACUGGCGUUGCAGAAGGCAGCUGCUUUUAGCUGAAGUGAAAUUGCAGACUUUGGCCAGUGACUGUAAAAGCACUAAAAAAAGACUGUGGACUUUCACAGAUGGCCAAAUAACCCUUAAUGGUGUAUGUGCAGAUCAGGCAAAAGUUACAGGAUACCACCGAUUCCAAACAGUUGAGAUGAGCAAAUCUGCUUUGGAGGACCUUCAACAUAUUUUUGAAAUGAAAACAGACCAACUGCAUCAGACUCUAGCUUUGCAUUCCUAUACUUCUGUACUGUCACGGCUGCAGGUGGAGUCCUUCAUUUACAGAUUGCUGAGUUCUUCACCAUUAAAGAAAGCAUCAGCAGUGAAACACUUGGAGCAAGCCUCUCAUGAUGUUGAAUGCCACCAGUCAUAUGUACAGCAUCUAAAAGAAUGCAUCAGUGUUCUUUUUGGCUUCACACGCAGAGUCCUUGAGGACGACCAGUUCCAGAACGAUAUCCAUCAUUGGUUGCAGCAGCUGGUUUCUACAUUACACAGAAUUGGGUCUUCUGGUGAUCAUAUAUUUCUUCUGAAUCAUAUCUUGCGUUGCCCUGCAGGUGUUGGGAAAUGGGCAGUUCCAUUUGUACAGAUUAAAAUCCAAGAUAAUCCAUGGGGUGUGUUUCAUUUCAUGCAGGCUUUGGCAUUACUGAUGUCACCAGUAAGAAACAGAGCAGAUUUUUUAUGCCACAUGAAGCCCUGUGAAACAAAUGCAUCUUUAACAUCAGGAAAAGAAUCUGGAAACUGGACUCUUGUGGAUGAAGGUGGAGAAGAGGAUGAAGAUCCUGAAACAAGUUGGAUGCUGCUUGCAGAGGAUGACCUUAUUGCCCUUUUUUCACAGUUUCCAUUUGACGAACUUUUUAAACAUUUGCUUGGGAUAAACACAAGAGGAAGUUAUCUACCACAGCAGACCACAUGCCAGCUGAUGAUGAAAAUUUUUGCCUUUGCAACAUCUGUGAUGGAACUUCUUGCUGUGGGCCUGCAGACUUUUAAUAGAGCUCGCUACAGGCAGUUUGUUAAACAAGUUGGACUAAUGAUGAGGUUGACCAUUUGCUAUGUUAGUGCCCACUGGGCCCAGUAUAUCGGCUUCAACAGCAACCAAGAAAAACAUUUACGUCAUCAGCCUUUCUCUUUGGUGAAACUUCAGAUUGAAUUUGAUGAGUUUUUUCUGAGAGCUGUUCUGCAUGUGCUUAAUGCAAAGAGAUUAGGAAUUUGGUUGUUCAUGUCCGAGAUGCCAUAUGGAACUUUAUCCAGCAGUAUGCUUUGGAAGCUUUUUUACAUCAUGCACUGUGCAGAAGGUGAAAAUCUUGAAAGACUCUGUUCAAGUUUAAAUCCCAGUGAUUGUAAGCAAAGGUGCAAAGAUCCUGAACACACAGAAAAAUUUGAAACUUAUCUGGCAUCAAUGAACAGCUCAGAUGGAAUCUGUCUGCUGACCACCUUUGCCCAUAUGACAUUGUGCAGACAAACUGAUGUGGAUGAAGAUCUUGUGAAAAUGAUUGUUCUGGAAAUAUAUGAGGUGUCCUAUUUAAGUCUUUCUACAAGAGAAGUAUAUUCAAAAGUUGGGAGAGAGCUUCUUGCAACAAUUGCAACUUCAUAUCCUCAGACUAUUUCUGGGCUGCUGGAAAGGGUUGCAGAAACUAUAGAGAAGGUUGGAAUGGUAUCCUUAUACUUGUUUAAGGAACUGCCUUUACAGCUGUGGAGACCAACUGCCCUUGAGAUUGGGGUGAUCCGGGAAUGGCUGUUGAACUAUAACCUUGCUGCUGUGGAGAAUAAGCUGGCUUGCAUUAUUCUAGAAGGACUAAACUGGGGGUUUGAUGAACAUACAGGGGGUUUGAACCUUGACCACAGUCUUCAUUUAGAAGUUGGUUUAAUGGUUCUAGAAGCAUACCAGAAGUACCUUACUGACAAGCCGUAUGGAGGAUUCAUCUCAGAAAGCAUAAAGCAGGUGUCCUAUUUGGCUAGUAUUGUUCGUUUAUCACAGACUCCUGAAGCCUCCUUUAAUCAGUGGGCUUGGGACUUGGUUGUGAGACUGAAGCUCCAUAUAAAUGACCAAAAUCCACAGUGUCGCUUGCCUCAAGUUUCCAACAUCACUGCUGCAUUGGAUAUGACCGAGUCACCCACAGUACAUCCUCUUCAAAAGGCCGUUAAAGCAGGCAUCCCUAUUGGCUGCUACCUUGCUUUGUCAGCAACAACUGUGGGUCAUAGUAUCGACAAAUUUUGUUCUGAGGGUAUUCCUUUGUUUGAAAAUCUGGUGCGGUCUCGGUACCUGAGAGCAACAGUCCAUGUUUUAGACAAGAUCCUGCCAUAUUUCUAUUCCUUUCCAUUCUACCUGUUAAAAAAUGAAAAGUUUUUAUCUUGCAUUCAGCACUUCAUCCAGCUAGACAGUGGAGUUCCUCAGGGUAUGACUCAACAGGUUACUCAAAAAGUUACACAACACCUAACUGGAGCUAACUAUGGAGAUAAUAUCAGGCUGCUUAACAGCAUGAUACAGGAUCACAUCUCUGACAGUUGCAAACCAGGUAAGGUUGGUCCUGUGGCUGUAUUAGAAUUCUGGGUUCAGGCAUGCACCAGCCAACCUCUCUGGCAUAGAGACAGAACGAUUUUGUACUUAAUGGAUCAUCUUUGCAAAGCUGCAUUUACGUACAGUCAAGAGGACUGUGUGCAGAAACUGCUUUACCAGCAGCACAAGAAUGCCUUGGGUUACCACAGUGAUCGUGGUUUUCUGUCUUCCUUGGUAAACUGGAUUGUGGCAGGAAAUGUGACACCUUCUUUCAUUGAAGGAAGCUCCAAUUCAUCUGAGGUCUGGUUUUCUUGGAUAGUGUUGAACAUGGAGGCCAUUUUUGAAGAAGAUUCUCAGCUUAACAGAGUUGUAGAACGGGAAUUGGCACUCAAGCCAUCAUCCACUCCUGAUGAAGCACUAAAGAAAGCACAAAGUUACUUGAAACUGCCCAUUGUGCCAUCUCUUCAGAGGUUCCUUAUUUAUCGAUGGGCUUGUCAGGCAUUAUCUACACCAGCUGACCAUCCUCUUUUGCCUCUUAUCUGGCAGAAAUUCUUUCUUCUGUACCUGCAUCGGCCAGGACCAGAAUACGGGUUACCUUUAAGUGGCUGUAUCGGAAAGCGUUUUUUUCAUAGUCCUGCACAUAUGAACCUGCUAAAUGACAUGAAAAAGCGACUGGUUGAAUUGGCAGACUUUCAUCACAGUGCAAGUAAAGCACUAAAAGUUCAAAUGAAUGAAGACGGCAAUGGCAUUAACGAUGAUAGCAGCAGCUCCCCUGCUAACUAUCUUACUUCUCCAGUGGUACAUAGAGAAUUGGUCAGGCUUUUUAAUGUGUUUACAGCAUGGUUGGAAGAUGAAAAUUUCCAGAAGUCACCUGUUCCCCUUCAUUCUUUGCCUAAACAGUAUGACACACACAGGCUAGCCAAGAUCAUGCAAAAUCAACAGGACCUGUGGACAGAGUAUGUUGACCUUGAACGGAUACGUCAUGAAAUUCUAGAAGUGAAGAAUCUUUGGAUAGAAGUCAAAUAUGAACCUUCUUCAUCCAUUAGCAGUGCACCUGCAUUUGUUGAUUUUACUAAUGCCUCAACAGCAAAGGAAACAGUCCUGGCCUCACUAAAAAAACACGAAGCUCCCUGUCCUCCAGCUGUUGUGCCAUCCAUGAAAGCUCCUGUACCAACGGCUAACGCUUCCUGUUUAAGCAAUGAGAAAGCAGCGGUUCAUUUUAUUCAGAGACACCUAAAUCUUCUGCAGCAGCAUGCCAAGGUUGCAGCUGUUUGGGAAUCUCAGCAAGUGGCUUUAGACCUUGAUUUACUGGACAGCUUGCCUAAGCUCUACUGUAAUCGUGAAGAACAGAUCACUAUGCAUUUAGAGUGCCGAGGAACUUCCAGUCACAAAUGUCAAGGUGCAGCUGUUGUUACAGCCAAGCAUGACUGCCUGUAUAUGAAUGAAGCUGUAAAACAACACAUUACUGGACUGCAGAAGGAGAUUAAGCAGGUACAAGCUGAUGCCAUGAAACCACCUCCUCAGAAUAUUGCUGAAGCAGCUGUUUGUGUAGAAAAUUUUAUAACAGCAUUGGUAAAUGCUUACAAACUGCAGCCAGGAGCUUGUACUCAGAAGGUGGGAAUUGCUGUAUUUUAUACAAUAGUGAAGCUUGUCUGUGAUGAAACUCAAAGGCAUCCACCAACACGUCAGUUUUUUACAUCAUGCAUAGAAAUCGUGGGUCAGGUCUUUAUUAGUGAUACCAAAUCUGAGUGUUCCCCACUGCUGAAAACUAUUUUGAUGAACAGAAGACUCUGUAGCCUUGUUGCUCCCUACUUCACCCCAAAUGCAUCACCUGACGAAUUUGUGCACCUUUAUAAAAAGGUGGUGAACGCCUUGCAUGAAGAUAACAGUGAUGUGAUCUUUAUGUUGCUGACAAAGUUUGACCUUCCUUUGUGGCUGAAUACCAGACCUUCUUUGUCUGAGCGUUCAAAAUUGCUGGAGCUGGUUCAUGUGGCCCUUACAUCUUGUGGCAUGCACCCAGAAGAAGAACUUUUAAUGCCUUUCAGCAUCUUCUGUAAACACUGGACCAUGAUCUUGAAGUAUCACUUUCCAGACCACUACAGUGAUUUCCUGAGGCUUCUAACAAGUAGUUCUGCAGAGCAGUGUUUAAGUCCAGACUGCUGGAAAAUGUCAUUGAAGGCUCUGGGGUGCUGUCCUACAGCAUGCAAGAAAAUUCCAGGCACUGGUGCUUCUGAUAGAAAAUGCAUCCAGAGUUCUGCACAAGUUCAACUGUCACCUCAACAGGUGAAGGAAACAAUAGAAUGGCUUGCAAAUUUCUUUUGCAAACUUCGUCUUUCAAAGGCAGACUUCAAAAGUUUUGGCUUGUUCUCCAAAUGGAGUCCAUACGUGGCUUAUGUAGAGCAGUUCUUUUUAUUUCUUGUGGAAAGCCUUAUUGAUUCUGAAAAGAACAGCUUAGUAGAAGAGCCAAAGGCACAAGGUGAAAUUAUAACAGGCUUGAAAUCCUUACACUACAGAAUUACUGAACUCUUCAAACCAUGGAUCUUGGUUCUAGAUGCUGAAGAUGACAGCAAUCGCCGCUGUUAUCCUUGGCUGGAGAGUGAUGCUUCUGUGGCUACUGCCAUGGUACAGUUGUUCACAAAAUGCAUUGAUCAGUUACAUCAAAGUUAUAAAGAUUUGCUGAUACCUGGUCAGCGAGGGGCUCUUUGGCUACAUUUGCUGCACUAUUGUGAGACAUGCACUUCACCUAAGAUGCCAGAAUACAUAUUAUAUACGUAUCAUAUGGAGUAUGCCACAUUGCCGUGGAGGGAAAUGCAUCCAGAUCACACCCUUAUGGAGGCAUUCUUUAAGGUCGAAAGAGGAAGUCCAAAGAGUUGCUUUCUUUUUCUGGGUACAGUUCUCUGUGAAGUUAAUUGGGUCAGUGUGCUUAGUGAUGCAUGGAAUGCCCAGCCCAACCAAAACACACGAGCUAUGGUUGUCUGCCUUCUCUUCAUGAUGGUCUUUUUGGCAAAAGAGGAUGUACUUCUAAGCAAAUCUGAAUCUCCUUUACUGAACCUCCUUGGACAGACCCGUUCCCUUCCUUGGCACUUGGUGGAUAUUGUUGCCUAUCAGAAUGUUAUCAGCUAUUUCAGCAGUCAUUAUUCUCCUUCUGUCAUCUUAGCAAAGCAGCCUUCAGAUGAGCUGACUUUGAAACUUUUAAUGGUUUCUGCUGGAUUUGGUGCUUCUUCAGAAAGUAAUUUACAUGUUGAUGUUACACUCAAGUGCCAAACAUAUAUUCGCCAGGUGAUACUGUUCCUUACCACUCUGGAACAAAAUGGACAGGUCACACUUCCAGUGGUAGAACAGGAAAUGGUACAACUUCUUGAUAACAUCAUCAUUUUUAAUCCUCCUGAUGUAGACAUCCAGAAACGUCAUAUGUCACUCAGUAGCCUUUUUGUGGAGGUGUUAAUGCUGUUGAACAAUGCCACUGUCACAACUGCAGAAUCCCUACGUCUUAGCUUGCGAAACUGGAUUGAAAGCAAGGUACAUUGUCCACUAGUGCUGCCUAUGCUUACAGCAGCUUGUCAAAGUUUAGCAUCUGUAAGACACAUGGCACAGACAACAGAGGCCUGCAUCACUGCAUUUUUCAAGGAAGGAGGUUCCUCUGAUCAAUAUUCUGGCUGGGGUCCUAUUUUGGUUUCUCUCCAGGUUCCUGAGUUGACAACAGAGGAAUUUCUACAGGAGUGCAUUCUUCUAGGAAGUUAUCUUACACUUUAUGUUUACAUACUACAACGAUUAAAUAUUGAGCAAACGUCAGCUAAUGAAUGGAAGAUUCUUUCAGUUCUGAUUUCUUGGAUUCAGCAGGUGUUUCCAAGCAGUACAAAUGAUGAAGCAAAGCUGUUCCUGUGGUGGCAUAAAACCUUAGAGUUAGCAUUGCUGCAGACUGAGGAUACUACUGUGCUUGAUGCUGUAAUUCAGGUAUUUGUAAAACUGCAGACUCGACAGAUUCAGCUUGCUGAGGAGAGGCUGUCUUCUGGAAUCUUAGGAGCCAUUGGACUUGGAAAGAAAUCUCCCCUUUCAAACAGGUUUAGAAUUGUUGCCCGCAGUAUGUCUGCUUUCUUGUUAGUUCAGGUUCCUGCAGAUAAUCGUAUUCGACUGAAACCUGGCACUGAAUUGCAACUUUCACACAAAGCACAACAGGCAUUGAAUUCUCUUGAGUCACUGUCUUCAAACAAGCAUUAUGCAGAGUAUGAAGAACAACUUUCACAAGCCUUGCUGUUUAUCAAGUACCCUGGUCACUGCCUGCAUGAUGGGAAUAAGUUACUAGCUCUUCUCAUCAACUCUCUCUAUCCUGAAGUACAAUACUUGGAUAUUAUACGCAGAUGAUUACCAAAUUCUAGUUCUGCAAUUAUUUUUAUAGCAGUUGUUAGUGAAAGCACCUCAAAGUGCUGUGCUUUAAUUGAGAAUGAUCUUAAUGCACUGAUAUAGUGGCCAACAGGAAUUUACUUUUUAUCAGGAUGGUUAUUUCUUAAAAAGAGUGCCAUGCUUUAUUUCGGCUACACUGAAACCAUGUUCUUAAAAUAAGAAGCACAUCAUGUUUUAUUUGCACAGACUGUAUCCUAAGCAGUUAACACUAAAAAUCUUCAACUGUGGUAUGCCUUAUCACAUUUUCUUAUCUUUUAAAGCUCAGAGAUUGUAUGUAUGUGCAUAUGUGGCAAAACCUUUCAUAUAUUUACCUUAAAUGAAAUAUUAAUUUGCUCAUUUGCAGAAGAUGUGAAACUUUUGAUUUCCAUUUUCUUAAAGACUUUUUACCAGUGGUAGUGCUGCUGUGAAGUUCAUUGCAGGUACAAAUGCUGUUUUUAUCAGAUACCAUCUGUAACAAGAUCACCUUUCCUGGAAACACUGGAGCCAAACUCUUUAGUAAUGUAUGUAGAUUUGUAAAUAAUUAUUUAUAUUGAACCUGUAUGAUGAGUUUCCUUGAUGUAUAAGUGUUAUGUUAAAUUAAUAUAUGAUGAAAGCCAUUGCCAUACUCAUUUCAUUACUGUGUUGUACAAAAAUGGUAGUUAACAUACACAAUACAUUUCAAGUUGUUUAGCUAGUAUUUUAAUUCAAAACUAGCUUUGAUCAUUUUAAAACCAUUGUUCAUAAAUAAAUAAAAUAAUAUCUUCUACACAUGGACAAAUGCCUUAUUUGCAGUUCAUAUUGAAAUUAAAAAAUUACCUUUUUCUCCUAGGCAGUACAUCUGUCUUUUCAUUAGGGUCUAUCUUACAUGAUUGAUGCUUUAGUUAGUUGAAUAACUAAAGCUCAAUCACUAAAUGUCGAAAACGCAAAACUGCGAAUGGCAGUUUCCACGCAGGGAAACAAUUUGUGUGGUCGUUAUGGGGAUUUUCCCCUUCCUACAAUGGGGAGUGAUCUCGGACUUGGUAUAUUUAGUUAGGGGGGUGUGGGGGCCACAGCCUUCCACAUCGGGGAGUAUGGGGGGGUGAACCCCCCACUUAAUUUGUGUUUAAUGUUUUUGUUUUUUUUUUUUGUUGGGACUACGGCAUUGUUUCCCUGCGUGGAAACUGCCGUUCGCAGUUUUGCGUUUUUGAUAUUUAGUGAUCGAGCUUUAGUUACUCGACUAACUAAAGCUUUGAUCACUUAACAUAGACGCUUUUCAUUAUACACAUAAAAAGUGUUUAAUUCAUAGUAGGUGUAAUUUAUGUCUGAUUUAAGUAGUUCACUUUUUUAAAUAAGUAGGUUGCACUGUGUCACAGGCUGUUUUACAAGGGGAUGAAAUAUAUAGGGUAUGUCUAAGUAUGCUAAUCCAGAUCUAUAUCAUGAUAUUCAGCAAACACACUGCUUUACUGGCAUAUGGGUACUAGUGUCCUGCUACUCUCCCUCUGGCAGUAUGUCAAAAGAACUUCUCCCACUGCCUGUCUGGGAAUGAGAAGUACCAAUCACCUGGCAGGAUCAAGACAGCAGUUUAUGCUCACGGACAGGAUUGUUUCAUUUUUGUAGUGCCACAGUCAGAGAAGAUUUCUUUCAAUAUUGCUUUUGUUAGACUGGAUGAUUUCAGCUGUGGAGUUUAGAAAAGAUACUCCUUUUGGGUUUUAUUUCCUCUAUGUGCCUUUUGUAUCAAUGCUUGAAUAGUGUACUCUGCUGCUUUGACUUUUUUUCUCAUUGGAAAUUUUGUAUAUGCUUCUGUUUUUACUUUGACUAGCACAAUAAGGCAUGUCGAUUAAAAGUUUCAUUUGGAAGUUUUGACAGGAAAA